AUGAGUGAGCCAGAGGCAGCAGCAGGACUCGACAUGGCGACUACAACGCCCUCUGGGAGGAUGGGGACUACAGAUCAUGGCGACUUUGUGGACUCGGAGGAUGAAUAUGAGUUCGACGAAGUGGCAGAAGACCCAGAACAGUAUGCCCGAGGCUCAUACUAUCCUACAUAUAUUGGAGAAACUCUUGCCGACAGGUAUCGCAUAGACCACAAGCUGGGUCAUGGUGGUUUCUCUGUUGUCUGGAUGGCUUAUGAUAUGCUCAGCAAGAAAGAUGUUGCCCUCAAGAUCAUGGUACCCGGAAAUGUUGGAGAGCAUGAGUACCAUAUUCAGGGCGAGAUCGCCAACGCUGUGUCAGAUACUUCUCGUCUUCUGCUAUGCCAAGACACCUUUGUUCUCUCGGGCCCGUGUGGCCAUCACCGAGUACUUGUUCUCCCGUUGCAGGGCCCAAAUCUCAGAGACCAUGUCCGAGAGAAACCAAUCGUUGCCCGGAUGCUGGCUGCAAAACAAUUGCUACAAGGCCUGGGAGCACUGCACGAAGGUGGAAUUAUACAUCGUGAUUUGAACAGUGCCAAUGUCAUGUUUGGAUUCAGACCACUCAAUAGUCAAGACAUCACCACCAAGUACCAACAUAUUGGACGUCCUCGGAAGAUGAUGGUGCCAUAUGUGCCAUGGAAGCCAUGCGAGUUGGUCAUGCCGAUGGCUCCGCAGAAAGAACUGAUAACGGAUGACAUUCACCUUGGAGAUUUCGGCAUGGCGAUUCGAGACGGCACACCGGUAGUACAGAAAGUGCAGUCACCUGCUAAAUACUGUGCUCCAGAACGGGUACACGGCAUGAAUCCAAGUUUCGCAUCUGAUAUGUGGAGCUAUAUGUGCCUAUUUGCCGAGUUGUAUGGGAAAUAUCCCCUCUUCUCGGGUUCAGCCAAUUCUACAGUCAUUUCAUUCAUUGUAGACACCCUUGGUCCACUUCCGGUACAAUGGAAAGGCUCAUAUGAGGCGGGUGGCUCAUGCAAUCCUGAGUGGUAUAGCCAACUUCGGAAGCCUAGCCCCUACCUCGGCCUCGAAAAUAAGAUACCAUUACUUCGGCCUGACAUUGAUGCAACCGAACUACAACUUGUGCUGGAUAUCUUGCGAUGGGGAUUUUCAUAUCUACCGGAGGACCGCCCAACCGCUGCACAACUGCUGGAAAGCAUCUUAUUCAAGGACCUGAUGGCUAUCUAUGGGCUAUAG